AAUGAUUUUGAAGUUCAAAAUUUAAAAAGCGCUCGACCGUUUGCGAAUUACAGGAAUUAGGAAAUGAGUUUUAAGUUUAUAAUUCAAAUUCGAUAAAAAUAAACUUGCAUGCAGUGCCCAUAACUCAAUUCAUUUACGUGAAAAUGUUUAUUGUUUGGUGCUUGAUUUACGGUACAAUUUGUGUAAUGUAAUUGCGUGUUUUGUGUAACAUCAAAUAUCAGGCUUGCAAGUUUUUGGUGUUCAUGAUGAUUCUUCAUGUAAAUUUUUAGUAAAUCAUUGACUGAAUCACCGGUUACUUUUCAAGAUUUUUAUAUAUUUUGACAUUGGCAAAAUUCAGGAUUUCCAGAAUGUCAUAAAAAAAGAAGUCAAACCGUUUUGUUUGAUAAUUUACAUAUUUCAAACUUAUAUAGCAGUGGCAAAAUGAUAAACCAACGUAUUUCCGAUAGUGAUGUCUCCAAUUGCAAACGAGACGUACCCUCGUUUAUUGAGCCGAGACCGCCUCUAAUAUCUAAUCCAUUCAUGCGACCUAAACCCCAGAAAGGGACAAACUUACUGGACUUGUUUGAGACCGAUUCCGAAUCCGAUGAGCCUGAGCUAGUUCAAGUAUACUUAAGGUUAAAACCAUGCAAUGCUCCCAGCAAUUUGUAUGAAGUGAAGUCAGAUCACUGCUUGAUAACAUCUCUGGAUACAUCUACAGUGGGCCAUGGUCGACGCACUCAGUACAAUGUGUCUAAGAUGUACACAUUUUCACAUAUUUUCGGACCUGAGGCCAAUCAAACGGAAUUGUUUGAGAGAGUUGUUAAAGAUAAUUUAAAAAAGUUACCAGAGGGGCAUAGCUUUACAUUGCUGACUUAUGGAGCAUCCGGUUCAGGCAAGACAUUCACACUCAUGGGGACAGUGAGCUCGCCAGGGCUGGUGCCGCGGUCUCUGGAGUAUGUGUUCAGAGUUGUGGAUGCAGCCGUCAGACCUGUGUAUAAACCCGCUGAUAAUGGAGCUGAAAAACUUAGCUAUGCAUCACAGGAGCAUGAGCUACAGUUUGUGAAACAGCUGCGUCAGGUGUCGGUGCCACUGCGAGAGAGGUACCGUCGCAUGAGCACCAAGCUGCACAGUGACUUUGCAGCCAGCACUCUCGACUUGGCCAAUAGGAUUAAGUAUUAUGUCUGGGUAUCUUUUGUGGAGAUCUACAAUGAGGGGAUCUAUGACUUGCUGUCCACCAAUGAUCGAAGUUCCGCCUCUAAACUUGUUAUUCGUGAAGAUUCCAAUGGAAAUGUAUAUGUAAAGGGCGCGACGCAGGUGUUCGUGAAGACGGGCGAGGAGGCGUACGACGUGAUGGUGGCGGGCAAGCACAACCUGCAGGUGGCCGCCACCGGCGUCAACGCGCGCUCCUCACGCUCGCACUGCAUAUUCACCAUCACCAUGCUCACAGAGACUGAGGCCGGAUGCCGCGUGUCCAGCGUGCGGCUGUGCGACCUGGCGGGGUGUGAGCGCGCACGACGCACGCGCAACGCGGGCGCGCGGCUGGCGGAGUCGCGCGCCAUCAACACCUCGCUGCACGUGCUGGAGCGCUGUCUGCGCACGCUGCGCCAGCGACAGCGCGCGCGCACCGACGCCCUCGUCCCCUACCGGGAGUCGAAGCUGACGCGUCUGCUGGGCGCGGGUCUGUCGGGGGCGCGCGGCGAGGCGGUCAGUGUGGUGGUCACCGUCAACCCGGCGGCAGAGUGCGCGCUGGAGACGCGCCACGUGCUGCAGCUCGCCGCCGUCGCCAGGGACAUACAGGUGAACAACACGGCCUCGGAGUACUCCGCGCUGGAGGCGAGCUCGCAGGACACGAUGCUGUCGCAGACCUCGUCAGCCUCCAGCGCGGAGGUGCAGCGUCUGCGAGCCGAGAACGAGAGGCUGCACUUUGAACUCUUGCAGGCCCAGGAGUACAGCAAGGAGUUGGCGAUGUCUAUGGAGGAGCAGCAGGCGCAGAACGCCAGCAACAUGAAGGCGGUGUUCAGCGAGGGGCAGCACAUCAUGCGCCAGCACUACGAGACCAUCAUGCGCUCCAUGAGACAGGAGAUGGAGGAAAUGAAACAAGAAUAUGAAGAUAAAAUAAGCAAGCUUAGCUUACAACCGGCCCCUGCAGACGGUUCACCGACGCGAUUACUCAAAAACGAGGUAUCCGAUUUGAUGAGAGAGAUCGAUAAUCUUGAGGGCAAGCUGGCUGCUGAGGUGUCUGCGCGCGAGGGCGCCGAGCAGGAGGUCUGCAAGUUGAGAGCAUACAUUGAAGAGAUGGAAGAAAAAGUUGCCAGCGGCGCACAGAAUAAGUACGAAGAAGUUAUAUCUCUGACUGAAAGUGAGGACGACAGCGAAGAGGAUCCGUGCAACGAAAGCCUCGAGCCCGUCAUAAGAAAGGAAAGAUCUAGAUUGUUGAGACAGAGUCUAGCGUCUUUCAGCAACAUACUGAAUGAAAGCGUCGAAGUUUCAGGCGACGCACGCGCCAGUGAGGUUGACGAAGGUAUCUGUAGGGAAGAUGUAGAAGAUAUUGAAAACGACGAGGAAGUGAAGAACAAGUCUCAAGACAUUGAAAAAAUCUCUGAAGAAAAUGUAGAAUCGUUUGGAUGUAUAGACAGAGGAACAUAUUUCGUUAAAGAGCCUGAGAUAGUACUCAGCAGCAGCAAAACUGUCGAAGACAAAUACAAUCAACGUGUACGUGAAACUUAUUUUGUUAGGAAAUCACAAGAUGACAGUAAAUCUGAUGAAUCUUCCGAACAAGAGCAGGAAAUUGACAAAGAUGACAGUGAGACAGAAAUUGACAAAGAAGCCGACUUAAAUGAAGAGAAAGAAAACGCCGACUUGACUUCGCCGAUGUGUGAUAAUCUAGAAAAAUUGGAAGAAAAUUUAAAUUCGAACAAAUCUUACAACUUUACAAUGAACAAUAAGAAUGAUGAAGACAGCAAAGAUGAGAUAAAGACUUAUGAAGAAAUGAACGAUAUGUUAGAAGGAGAGAAUAUAAAUAAAAUUGUACCUCUGACAAAGUCUGAUAGUUUGGAGAAUUCAGUUGAUGAUAGUAAUUUAAAUAAAUCACUGAACACCGAGAAAGAAAUCAUAAACAAUGUGGAGAAGGAAAUCGAAACAGAAAGUCAAAUCGAAAUAAAUAAUGGAAAAGAAACAUCAGAUGUACCAGAUCCAACGAAAAGCUUGAUGAAUAAAAUAUUUAAAAAAUUAAAAUCAAACUCUGGAGAAUACAGCUCCAAUAAUUCUUUAGCCCAGUUUGAACAGUUGGAAAUGGAAGCAAAUGAUUUGAGCUCAGAUCCUAAACGAAAAACUUUUGACGUUCUUUCGAAUAUUAACAUAUUCAAGGAGAAGAAAAACUUUUUUGACGUAACAAUACCCGAAAAGCCCGAGGACUUAAACUGUGAGGAAUCUAAUGAUGAAAAGAAAGAUUUAGCUGACGAUUUAAAUGUACAAACUGAAAAAUAUGACAAAUUAUCGCACAUUAAAAAUAUGCAUCAAUUAAAAAAUGACGAAUUAAGGUCUCCGUCAAUAGUUAAAGAUGAUUGCGUGUCUAACUUUGAACCUAGUACAAUAAAAAAGCUUUUGGGAGAAAGUUUUACUCGACAACUAGAUUCGGUGUCAACUUUGAAGAAUAAAAAUUUUAAGAAAAAACACGAUUCCGUCGAUCCAUUCGAUGACUUGGAGUCGCCGCGAAAAGCUGUUGAAAAUAUAGGGAAAUCUUUCAGUGAUAUUAAUUUGUCUAAAAAUAAUGAAUGUGACGUAAAAUCCAAUCCGGAACCGGAGGAAUCCGAUAUUAACAAACCGUUAAUGGAAGACAUUUCUAUAGCCACCAAACCGAGCGACUCGGCUCUCAUUGAGAAAGAAACUAAAGUGGAUAACACAUUGGAAGCAUUCGAAAACAUAUAUAAAGAUAUUUCUCAACCGAGAGCUACUGACUUUGAUCUAUUGGUGGCGCAGGAAGAAAGCUCAUGCAAUAAAGAAGAUAACAAAGAAGAAGCCACGAGUAUUACACAGGAAGGAACGCAGGAAGCGACCGAAGUUAAAUACAACCUGAGGAAGAAACUAACAUCUAGAAAUGGCGACGAUUCUGAUAAAACUAAUGAAAUAGUCGCGAGAGCGAAACGCAAUUUGAGGCUGCGACGCCACAAGAAGCAGAUGGACGAGGCUGCGGAGCUGGAGGAGGGUGACAAGCUGAAAGACAUCAUCAACCUGCAGGUGCAGUUCUCCGAUGUGACGCUCGGCAAGCCGGCACCGGAGCCCCCGGCGCGCCCCGCAUCUCCAGAACCCAAGGGGGAGGAGAACCUGCCCCCCCUCGGCAUACAGAGUUGCCCCUCCAAGAGUGUGACUCGCAGCAGAAGGAAAUUGUUCACGCCGCGCGCGGAGCCGCUGGAGGACGAGUCGGGUCCGUGCGGCGACAGCGGGGAGCGACUGCGAGUGCCCCGACCCUCCUACCAUAGACCUAGAGCGCGCCGCAAGCUUUAAUUCAUUUAUGCAACACCUUAUUCAAAUAUAUUUAUUAAAUUUUAUCUUGUAAACUUCAAAGCACAGGACUUGCUCAUAAUACAAAUAAACUUGACGAUAAAUACGAAAAUAUAUCUGACCUGAAGUUAUUCUUGUUUUACAUAAAUAUUUAUUGUUACACUGUAAAUAUUAUAUAUGUGAUAAUUCGAUAUUAUUCUUAAUAAAAAAAUAUCAACAUUGUUAAAAUUUGACUAAUUUUGAGCAUCAACUUGUCUUCAAAUCUCGUGUCGUCGUAGAUAUUGUCUUUUAUUGCAUUCUAAUUAUAUUACGUAUCUAUUUUGUA